AAAAUCGUGUCCUAAAUUUUUGGGCAAAAAAAUACUCGAGUGCUACUAAUCGUUUUCCCAAAAUCCAGCUUGCAAAUUAGCAAUCCAACAUUCAGUGAAUCGAAGAAAAAAGAGAAACAAAAUACGAUUACGUUCGCCGUUUCUCUUUCUCUCUCUACUAGCGCCUUUUUUAUUUUCUUUCUAUCUCCCUGUUUCCCCCCUUCUGCUUAGGCGGUAGAGCUCUCCGAUCCCGCUCGAUCUACGAAUGCAGCUUUUGGCUGCAUAGGCAGUGUGAACUUUUUAGAGAGAAGACUUAGAGACAUGAGUUAUUCAUCCUAAUGAUGGAUGGAAACUCAAGAUUUGAUUUGAUGUCAGCCAGUCCAGAUACUAAUUUUGCUGGUAACUACCAGAGUAGCCAGAGGGGAUACACUUCUCCCUCUUUGGGUCGGUCUUCAAGUUUCAGAGAAGGUUCAGAGAGUAGGAAUAUUUCUUCUGGGAAGGCUAAUUCUAGGGGUAGUGUGAUUUCACCUGGAGAUGUGCCCUCAUUAUCUCAAUGCCUAAUCUUGGAGCCAAUUGUUAUGGGUGAUCCAAGACAUGCUCGGUAUGGUGAGUUGAGGAGGGUUCUGAGUAACUCAGUUGGGAGCAAUUUGGAGGAAAACUCUUUUGGACUUGCUCAUCUAAAGAAUUCACCUCCAGCAGCUGUUGAGGAGCUAAAACGAUUAAGAGCUAGUGUUGCAGAUACUUGUUUCAAAGCCAGUGGGCGAGCUAGAAAGUUCGAUGAGCAUUUGAAUAAGUUGAGCAAAUAUGUUGAGGCCUUGCCCUCAAAGAAGCCUCAGCAGCUGCGGAAUGAGCAGUUGUCAAAUGAAAGAUCUAGUGGUGCAACCUUGAAGAUAUCUCAGAUACAUCGGAACUCUUCGGAAUUAGGGAGUCAGAAAUUUGAUGUCCGGUCUAAGAAUGUUGGUCUCAGUAAGCGGUCACGUACCUCAACAAAUGAACCCCGGGCAGAAUGCAGGAAUAACGCAGUACAGCGGCAGCCUAUGACAGUGACAAAAGAAAGAGACUUUCUUAAAGAUAAUAAUGCAGAACCUGAUAUGGUUGAGGAAAAAAUAAGAAGGUUACCUGCUGGUGGAGAAGGAUGGGAUAAGAAAAUGAAAAGGAAACGCUCUGUUGGUGCAGUGUCUUCAAGAUCCAUGGACAAUGAUGGUGAACUGAAACGGAACAUGCAUAAUAAGCUUUCUAUGGAUUCUAGUCUGCUCCCUGCUGAUUCUUCACAUGGUUUCAGAUCAGGGGCUUCUGGUGGUGGUAACAAGCUAGAGCCUAUGCCAUCUUCAACUGGUUCUACUCCCCGUGUAACCUUCAAAAGUGAACAAGAAAAAUCAAUGCUCUCAAGGGAUGUGUCAGGGGGACCAAUAAAGGAGCGACCCCUGGGAAAAGUAAAUGUUAAGUUGAAUAAUCGCGAGGAGAACCAUACCAUGUCGUCUAGCCCAAUAGUUAAAGGAAAGGCUUCAAGGGCACCUAGGAGUGGCUCUAUGUCUGCUGCUAAUGCUCCUCGCGUGACUGGAACUUUGGAGAGUUGGGAACAGGGUCAAGUUGUGACUAAAAACACUUCCAAUGGUGGGCCUAACAAUCGCAAGCGUCCCUUACCUUCCGGAUCAUCCUCUCCCCCAAUAACUCAAUGGGGUGGUCAGAGGCCACAGAAAAUGUCACGAACAAGGAGAACAAAUCUGAUUCCAGUAUCAAACAAUGAUGAAAUGCAGAUGCAAUCUGAAGGGUGUUCUCCUACAGAGUUUGGUCCAAGGAUAAGUAUUGGUGGGAUCAACACUUCACUUCUUACCAAGAGCAUCGCUAAUGGGAGCCAAAAUUUUAAAGUAAAAUCUGAAAAUAUUUCAUCUCCAGCCAGAUUGUCUGAAAGUGAAGAAUCCGGUGCUGGUGAUAACAUAAUAAAUGAUAAAUGUGUGGGAAGUAGGGAUCUGGAAGAAAGGACUGCAAAUGCAGGCCAGAGUGUUGGACCAUCAACAAUCCCUAUUAAAAAGAAUAAAAUUGUUGCCAAAGAAGAUAUUACUGAUGGUGUGAGAAGGCAAGGGAGGAGUGGACGAGUAUCACCGUUUUCUAGGGCUAGUAUUUCACCAACAAGAGAAAAAAUGGAUAAUGUGGUGCCAACCAAGCCUCUGCGAAUUGCAAGGUCUGGUUCUGAGAAGAGUGGGAGUAAGUCAGGCCGUCCUUUGAAGAAGCUUUCAGACCGCAGAAACUUUUCUCGCCUUGGCCAUGUGACAAAUGGGGGAUCCCCGGAUUGCAGUGGGGAAUCAGAUGAUGAUCGUGAAGAACUCUUGGCAGUCGCUAAUCUGGCCCGCACCUCUAGCUUCAAAGCAUGUUCAAGUGCCUUCUGGAAAACAUUUGAGGCCUUGUUUGCUUCUAUAGGUCAAGAUGAAAAAUCAUACUCAUCACAACAGCUAAAAUUGGCUGAAGAGUCAUGUACAAGUUUGGCUCAGAACCAGAGCAAUGGGGAUUUCGAUCAGGAUGAUUAUCGCCGUGUAGCUAUGCCAGCUUCUGGCUCUGCUUCUUUGGAUAGGAUGGAUUCUGUUGAGCAACGCCCUAAUUCCUUUAUACAUGGGUGCUCAGAUGCAGAGAAAAGCUUUUGCAGUACUCCACUUUAUCAGAGAGUACUAUCUGCUCUUAUUAUGGAAGAUGAAAUUGAAGAGUUUGAAGAAACUGGAUUUGGUAGACUAAGGAACUCGGCUAAUAAUUCAUACAUCCUCUCUGAAACUGAAAGUCAGCGUGCGAAUAACUUAGAAUUCUCUGAGCCAAUAAUUGGGGCUCAAACAAGGAAAAAUGGCAAUGCACAUAAGAUUUUUCCUUGUAAUGGGAAUAUGGAUGUUGAUAGGAGCCCUACUGCACUAGACUAUAUGUGUAAUGGUGAUCUGACACAAAAAGAUGGUUUCAUGCACUCAGAGGUUGAAGUUUUGGUUAGGCUUUCAAGAUUUGAGCAUACUCCACAAAGCGUGCUGCCAAAUAAUAGCAGCAUUUCUUCCUUAAAUUUUCAAUAUGAGCAGAUGGGUGUUGAAGAAAAGCUUGUAGUAGAACUGGAGAGCAUUGGCCUGUUCCUGGAAGCUGUGCCUGCACUGGUUGACAAAGAAGAUGAGGGAAUCAACCAUGAAAUUGCUAGGUUGGAGAAGGGACUUCUUGAACAGGUUAGGAAGAAGAAAACAUGCUUGGAUAAAAUAGAUAAGGCUAUUCAAGAAGAAAAUGGCAUGAGAAGGGACCCUGAGCAGGUUGCAAUGGACAAGCUUGUUGAGUCGAGCUAUAAGAAACUUCUGAAAAAGGAACUGUCGCUCUACGAUGUAGGUGGUUCUGUCUUCCGAGCUUCGUCUGGUCUAGGCAUGUCUGGCGGUGCAAAGGGAAAGAGAAGCGAAAGGGAUAGGGAUUCAAGCAAGAACGGAAGGCUGUCCAUGGGUGGCGCCAAGGGCGAGCGCAAAACAAAAACGAAACCCAAGCAGAAAACCGCUCAGCUUUCCAUGUCUGGAGUCAAUAAAAUCAACGAGACAGGCAGUGAAGUAGCAAACAACAGGAGAAAAGAUGUUAGAUUCAUGUCUUCCGGUAAUGCCCCUCCCGAGCCAUCGAAAGACGCGGCUGACUUCUCAGCUCUGCCCCUCGACAACAUCGACGGGAUAGAAGAGCUAGGCGUGGACGGUGACACAGGCGCACCGCAGGAUCUCAAUUCUUGGUUCAAUUUCGAAGUGGACGGUGAAGAACACGACGACGUCGUCGGCCUCGAGAUACCCAUGGAUGACCUCUCAGACCUACUCAUCUUCUGA